UUUUGUGGUGCUUGGUUUGAGACCCGAAAGGGCCUGGCCAGCCAUGCUAGGGCCCACUUGCGCCAGUGGGGAGUCAAUGAUCCAGAUUCAAAGGGUUCCUCCAUUGCAAUAUUAAACACUCUCCUAAAAAGCGAGGGAUUUCAAGAAACGAUUGUCCGGGCAGACAGCAGCUGACCAUCAUGCCAAAGCUCCUAGCAAUAGCAGCUCCACAGAGACAGAGCGCAACAGUAGCACAAAAAGCAAAGAGACUGGCACAUUCACCAAGCCAACAGAAAACACAAAUAAGGCAAGCAGCGAUGCCUCUGUGAAUCUCUCGGAAGUUGGCUCCCGAUCCAUGUUGGCAGACAGUGGUCUGAAAUUAGCAGACAGUACAGGGCCUAUAGAAACUUCUGCACAUUUGAAAUCCCCUAAUGGGUCAGGAAAUGGCACACAAAUCAAAAUAGUUGAAGCUGGUGCUCCUCGUGUCCUGUCUCCUGAGACUGGUGCUUACUCAAAAUUAGUUGAAGCUGGCAGUUCCCAAGUAAAGCCAGAGGCUGGUCAUGGCCAUGGUAAGUUGGAACCUGGUAACCAAUCAAAGCCUUCCAUAGGAGGCCUCGCUCAUCCCAGACUGCCACAUGCUAGCACGCCACCUACUAAAAAAAUGAAGAUGUCUUCUCCAUCCUUUAAGGCUAACCUGGAUUCCUACUGGGCUCAGAAAAAUGCCUCUUCUCCGCUCAAUCUUUUAAACCCAGAAAAUUAUUAUUCCCCUGAUGGGAGAUACUUUGUCUGUAGAGACCCUGACUCUUUAGAGUUAAGUUUAGGAAAAGGGGACUUACAUGCAGUAAAGAAGGCCACAUCACUAAACGCCCCAAGUUCGGAAGUAGUCCGCUGUGAGUUCUGUGGUGAAUUCUUUGAAAACAGAAAGGGCCUGUCGAGCCACGCACGAUCCCACCUGCGCCAGAUGGGCGUCACAGAGUGGCAUGUCAACGGGUCACCCAUCGACACCCUGCGGGAGAUCUUGGCCAGUGGGAUCUGCCCCAGAACGGGCACCAGAAUCGGAAGCCCCAGCUUGGAGAAGCUCCUCCCACAUCGUCCUCCCGCUUCCCCAUCUAGGCCCCACCCGUUCAGCGGGUUGGCUCCAGCAAUGCAUCGCAAGCCUCCUCGGCUUCCUACCUACCCGGCCAGUGAGUGGCCCUCGGAGCUCUCACCUUUAAACUUGUCUUCACAGUCAGACCCCUCCCGUGACAUCCGCUGCGAGUUCUGCAAUGAAUUUUUUGAGAACCGCAAGGGGCUGUCUAGUCAUGCACGUUCACAUCUCCGCCAGAUGGGUGUAACAGAAUGGCACGUGAAUGGCUCACCCAUUGACACUCUGCGAGAAAUCAUACGCAAGAGGCGACCAGUGACACCACAGCAGCAGGUUUCCAACAUCAAAAUGGAACCUCGCGGGGAGGAUGAGCCACUGAGUCCAUCCCACAGACUCUCACCUCUUGGUGUUGGGGCAUCAGUAAUGGCAAGAGAUCUUCCCAUUUCGCCUCCUGGGCGCUCACUCAACAGUUUUCUUUCACCGGUACCAACUAAGAGGCCAGCACCUCAUGAACCUAGACUUACACAGUCUGAGCCAAAGGGCUAUAUGAAUGCAGAGCCAAAGACUUGCAGCCAGUCUAAACCUUACAUACAGGGUGAGAAUAGACCAAAAUCCUAUGUUACAGAGGAGGGCCGGCCCAAGACCUUUGUUCAUAGUGAUGUCAAGCCAAAACAUUUCUUUCAAAGUGGAGACGGGAGACCAAAGACUUUUAUGCAAGAAGGGAGACCAAAGGGCUUUUUGCCAAGUGAAAACAGACCCAAGACAUCUGUGCAUGGUGACGGCAAGCCUAAAAUCUAUUUGCAAGGUGAUGCAAAGCUCAAAUCUUUUAUUACUGGAGAAAAUAAACCUAAGCCAUUCUUGCACGGUGAAUCCAAGCCUAAAUCUUUAUCUCCAGAUGGCAAGCUUAAGGCUUACAUCCAGACAGAGCUUCCAUUCAAGGUCAAGGUCAAGGCAUCUCCAGAGAAAGGAGCCACAAGCCUGGAGGCAGCCUGUGAGCUUUGUGGGUUGAUUUUUGAGAAUCGAAAGGCUUUAGCCAGCCAUGCUAGAGCUCAUCUUCGACAAUUUGGUGUAACUGAAUGGUGUGUCAAUGGUUCCCCAAUUGAAACGCUCCGCGAAUGGAUGAAGCAGAGACCCCAGAAGGCUGGUGCCUAUCUCAAUUACAUCCAAGCACGUCCUUUCUCCAAAAAGUUCAAACGUGCUUUGCAGAGUCCAAAACCAGCACCAGAGAAGGAAAGCCCAGCUACAACCCCUGUGAAGGUGGCAGAGAAAGAACAUAGUGCUCCAACUCCAAGCUCAACCUCUGAAAAGCCAGCUGAACCACAGGGGCAAAAAGUUGAGCGCCGUCACCCUAAGGCACCUGAAGUUCCACCCUCUCAGGAAGAUACUGUUUCUGAACCGCUAGCCAAAAGUGAAGAGCCACGACCACCUGUAAGAGCACGUCCUGUGCCUUCUCUGGUACCAAGACCUCCACAGACCUCUUUAGUCAAGUUUGUUGGAAACAUUUACACUUUGAAAUGCAGGUUCUGUGACAUUCAGUUCCAAGGUCCACUUUCUAUUCAGGAGCAGUGGGUUCGUCACCUGCAGCAUCAUAUAUUGGAAAUGAACUUUUCAAAGGUCCUCAGCCCACCCCAUGCUGUAUCAUCUCAGGAGCAGUCAGAGGCUGUGAAGACCCAAUAA